AUGUUAUACAAAGCAGACAGAGCCAUGGGAUAUGAUAGUAUAUCACGUGGGAUGUCUAUGGGACAACGAUCACUCAUUGAGAGAUCGCAAGGAGAAAUAAUCUUCAACAGUCCAUUCCCAGAGAUGAGUUUCCCUUCACUGACUUUUGCGGAGUUCAUAUUUCAACACCUGGAUGAACACAAGGACAAGACAUUGAUGGUAGACUAUACUACAGGUCAAGAGUUCAAGUCAUGCCGGAUAAAGGAGUUGUCUGUCCGUGUUGCAAGCGGUUUAACACGUCUAGGACUCCGGAAAGGUGACACCGUUCUGAUCAUAUGUACCAAUUCGCCUCUGUUUACAGUUUUCACCCUCGCUUGUGCCGCUCUUGGACUGUGGUGUAUUAGCAUUGGCGGGCCAGCAGAUGGGUGUGUACCGUUUCAUGUUCUACAAGAGGAUGAUGGGAAGGCGUUUCCGGUAAACUUAGACAUACAUCCAGAUAAGGACAUUCUCUUCUUGCCUUACUCCAGUGGAACCACGGGGCUACCCAAGGGCGUCAUGCUCACUCAUCAAACCGUCAUCACUAACUUACUGCAAUUAAUCAACGGUCCUAUGGCCCUUGAUUCAGACCGGGAAUGUUUACUUGGUCUAAUUCCGUUCUACCAUAUAUACGGCCUGAGUAUUAUACAGUUCGGAUCCGUUUGUCUUGGGACCAAACUCGUCACACUUCCUAGCUUGGAUCCCCAGACCUUGUUAGGAGCAAUUCAGAAACAUAAGGUAUCUUACAUGCAUUUGACACCGCCGGUCGUCCUGUUUCUAGCCAAGUCACCACUGGUUCAAGACUAUGACGUCACAAGUGUGAAGAGGAUCUUAUGUGUCUACGGAAUGACCGAAGCCAGUCCAGCUACCCAUCACGAUGUUGCUCCCCCAAGGGUAGGGACUGUCGGCCAGCUGAUGCCAAACACACGAAGUAAGGUGAUAUCCGUUGAGAGUGGGGAGUGCCUUGGGCCAGGAGAGAAAGGUGAAAUCUUAAUCAAGGGUCCUCAAUUGAUGAAGGGGUACCUAAACAACCAGUCAGCGACAUACGACACCAUACGUGAUGGCUGGUUACACACAGGGGAUAUAGGACACUAUGAUGACGAUGGGUACUUAACUGUAUCGGACAGACUCAAAGAGCUCAUCAAGUGUCGCGGGUUUCAGGUAAUACACUUGUUGGAGGGACUAGACGGUAUUAACUUUGUAGUAUAA